AUGCCCCAGCGGAUGAGACAGGAAGGGCAGGUGUUUGCAGUGCUCAUCUGCCGGGCGCUGUGUUCUGCCCUUGCCCGCGCAUGCGUGGGCUCCCCUCCUCCGGGCCAGGGGGUCACUGCCUGCCCCAGGCUCUCUCACACCUGGUCCUUCUCUGUCCUGCAGGUUUUGGGGUUUGAGAUCGACGCUGUGAACUCUGUCCAGUUUUCAAACCACACAGGCUACGCACACUGGAAGGGUCAGGUGCUGAACGCAGACGAGCUCCACGAGGUGUACGAAGGUCUGAAGCUGAACAACGUAAAUAAGUAUGACUACGUGCUCACGGGGUACACGAGGGACAAGUCCUUCCUGGCCAUGGUGGUGGACAUCGUGCGGGAGCUGAAGCAGCAGAACUCCCGGCUGGUGUAUGUGUGCGACCCGGUGAUGGGUGACAAGUGGGAAGGCGAAGGCUCCAUGUACGUUCCAGAGGAUCUCCUUCCUGUCUACAAAGAAAAGGUGGUGCCGGUUGCAGACAUUAUAACUCCCAACCAGUUCGAGGCUGAGUUACUGACUGGCAGGAAGAUCCACAGCCAGGAAGAAGCCUUAGCGGUGAUGGACGUGCUGCACUCGAUGGGCCCCGACACCGUGGUCAUCACCAGCUCCGACCUCUCUUCCCCGCGGGGCAGUGACUACCUGAUUGUGCUGGGAAGCCAGAGGAUCCGGCACCCUGAUGGCUCCGUGACGAUAGAGCGCAUCCGCAUGGACAUUCGCAAGGUGGACGCCGUCUUUGUGGGCACCGGGGACCUGUUUGCCGCCAUGCUCCUGGCGUGGACACACAAGCACCCCAAUAACCUCAAGGUGGCCUGUGAGAAGACCGUUUCAGCCAUGCACCACGUUCUGCAGCGGACCAUCAAGUGUGCGAAAGCCCAGGCCGGGGAAGGACAGAAGCCCAGCCCGGCGCUGCUGGAGCUGAGGAUGGUCCAGAGCAAAAGGGACAUCGAGAACCCGGAGAUUGUCGUCCAGGCCACGGUGCUGUGAGGGCUGCUGCGCCCACCUGCUCACGCAGCGCCGGUGUCUCCGUCGUCGUCCCUGUGAAAAACGUAACGUCUGCCUUAGAGCUGUGACCGAAACUUGGUAUUUUUUUCCUUUUGUGAGUGUCCAGCAUCCACUGGUCUUAAUUGUGAAAAUGUGCCAGUCGUGCUUUUUAAAAAUAACACAGUGAUCGCAGAAAUGUGUGACUUGGAGACCCAGCCCCCCUUCCCCACGAAGGCUCCUGGGCCUCCCUGAAAACCAGCUCUGUGGUCACCCCGCUGGGGGCGUCCUCCCCAUCUGGGGGCAGGGGGCAUGGUGGGAGGGGCUGCUGCCCCAGAGGGUCGGGUGGGCUCCCGCCACUGAGGUGCCCCCUGUGGCAGGGCCGGGCCGUGGCUGUGUCUGUGUGUCUCUGAGGACGAGUUUCGCCAAGUACCUUUCUUGUCGUUCUGACCGCUCCCUCUUGGCUCCUGCCUCAGGAGUUUGUUUGUGACGUUGCUGCUCGGUUGGUCCCUGGGCACUUCCAGUCCCGCCCUGUUUCACCAUAUGGACAGGUUAGUGCCAGUGGCCCAGACACACACAGGUGUGCACAGUCACUUUGGCGGGGACCUUCCAGGACCCCGAAAAUUCAAGUCCACAGAUCGCACCAGUAUCAGCUGGCCUGCCCCGUAACCCACGAGUGUCUUUAGGGACCAGCUACACGAGGCUCAGAGAUGCCAGGAAAGGGAAGGCUGGUGCGGGGCUGAGGGGUCGGGGCAAUGCCACAUUGGCUCCUUUUGGAAAACUCACCGAGUUGGUGACACAACAGCGUAAGCACCGCGUAUGUGCCACCGGCUACUGGUGACGAGGGCCCUGCGCCAGGGAGUGAGCGUGCAGACAGGUGCGGAGGGCAGAGCUGGGCUCCUGCUCCACAGCUGACACGUUUCAGCCCUAGGCCCUGACCCGAGUCCAGUUGUCCACUGCCAGCGAGACCUCCUUGGCUCCACUUGUCAGAGUUUUGGGGUACCCUAGUCUAGGAGCCCACAGCCUGGAGGGGAGACAGGACAUGGGGCCCACGUGACUCCUGGGAAAGCAAACUCUCCGAGGCCAGCCCAUGUGCCCUUGGUUCCCUGCCCACAGGUAGGGCCCACACAGCUCCUCAGUAGUACAUUCUUCUGUUUGUAGAAAAUGCCCGAAAAGGAAGAGGGCCUCUCUCCAUUGAACUCCUGGCACCAUGGCACAGUCUUUCUUCCUCACUGUGACCUCUGAAUGUCUGAGUCUCACGCUGUCGUCCUGGCGGUGGCCUGUGCACAGGGUCAGGGCGCUGUGUCCCUGGUUCCUGGUUCCAAGCACCAGGCUCCUCUGAGCCCCGGGGAGGAGCCCGGCCUUCUGGUCCCUGCAGGGCCCGAAGGACCAGGAGGAGGAAGGAGUGGCCCGCAGCCUGGUGGGGGGCAGCCUCCCCAACAGGGUGCUCACAGGGACCAGCCCACGUCACCCGGGGCCCUGGGUGCGUGUAGCACAUUUAAUGGAAAAUACUGCCACUGCCAAGUAGAGCUGGGGAGAGGGCCAACAAGAAGUUUUUUUAUUUCAAUAUUGAGAGCCAGAGUAGGGCUGGGCAGGGAACCAGGCGUGUCUGUCCUCCAGGAGAUGGUGAAACCCACCGGGAAGGGCACGGUGUGGGGUGCCGGCUUAUUCCUUGAGCACCGGGAACUUGAAGGGAAGCUCACGCUCCGCAAACGCUGUUCGGUCCUUGGCUCCCGGUUUUAUUUCAGAGGCCUGGCCCCGCGCUAGGUCUCGCUCUCUUACUCCCCUGCGUUCUACAGAGAAUGAUGGGGUUUAUUCCUCCUUGAAGCUUCUGUGGAACCAUGGACUCAGGUGCCACCUGAGGCUUUCUCUUCCCUGCCCUUCGGCUGGAAGGCCCUGACCCCGAGCAGGCAGGGAGCCCGACCACGAGGAGACGGAGACGGGCUGAGCUGUCUCUACUGAGAGGAGGAACUGGGGGACCCCGAGAGCCUCUGCGGAGUGUGGGCUCCUGUGGAAACGUGAGCUUUCGGGGGGGGCCGAGCCCCACAUGCCCAGGCCCGUGUUGCCGCGCCUGUGCUGUCUGGGCUCGUCUCCACACGCACACGCUCCAUGGCGCGCCGACAGCAGAGGCCCCGGGCUUCCCAUGUGUAGAAUUUCCCAACCUUGGUUCCUGGCAGUAGUUUUUUGAUACAAGUUGGGUCCAAAUUAGAAUUGAUUUUUGUUCUUACCUUACAUAGCUUAGCAACAUGCACCAGGAUGGUAAUUUAUGUUAACGUGGAAGAUGGUUGUCUGAGUGCAGGUUUCAAGACUUUCCGGUGUUUCAAACCCUCUCCUGUAGACCUUAAAGAUGAAUUAGAAGAAAAAAAAAAGAUGAAUUCCAAACGAUGAUUCCCUUUUCGAAUCAGCCUUCAAUCAUUGCCAAGUCCUGCUGAGGUGACUGUGUUAGUCUGCGUUACUUUUGCAAUAUAUGUCUGUGAUUGUAAAACGA